ACCUGCAACCACGACGUUGUUUGUUUUUCAAAGAAAACGCAGAGAAAGCCAGCGAAGCACAAACCAGAGGACAGGCGGACGGAGAAUACAUUCUCUCCUUCUGUAGAGAGAAAGAUAAAACGACGUCGUAUAUUCUCUUUCUUCGCCUCUGGCAAUGGAGCUAGUUUCUGGGUUUUCUGCAUUGCCCGUAAAAAUGGCGGAUCAGACGCUUUUGGCUUCCAUUUUGGCUCUUCUUUUUGGGUUUGUGGUGUUGUAUCGUUUGGUUUCCAAGAAAAACGGUGAGACAGAGUCAGAAUCCUUAGCCGUCACCACCUCCACCACCAUCAUUUCCAGAUCCAAGAACGGUGCCGACGUCGACGCCGAUAUCAUAAUUGUCGGUGCAGGCGUCGCCGGCGCCGCCCUUGCUCACACCCUUGGGAAGGAUGGACGCAGGGUGCAUGUGAUUGAAAGGGACUUGAAAGAGCCCGACAGAAUUGUCGGAGAACUUCUACAACCAGGAGGCUACCUCAAACUAAUUGAGUUAGGACUUGAAGAUUGCGUGGAAGAAAUUGAUGCCCAAAAGGUGUUUGGUUAUGCUCUGUUCAAGGAUGGAAAAGCCACUCGACUUUCUUAUCCUCUGGAGAAAUUUCACUCUGAUGUAUCUGGGAGGAGCUUUCACAAUGGACGCUUUAUACAGAGGAUGCGCGAAAAAGCUGCAUCUCUCCCCAGUGUUCAAUUGAAGCAAGGGACUGUUACGUCUCUUCUUGAAGAAAAUGGGACCAUUAGAGGUGUCCAAUACAAAAAUAAAUCUGGUGAGGAGUUGAAAGCAUAUGCACCUCUAACUGUCGUAUGUGAUGGCUGCUUUUCUAACCUGCGACGCUCUCUUUGCACCUCGAAGGUAGACGUGCCUUCCUGUUUUGUUGGUCUGGUCCUAGAGGACUGUCAGCUUCCUUAUGCAAACCACGGGCAUGUUAUUCUGGCUGACCCAUCACCUAUAUUGUUUUACCCCAUCAGCAGCACCGAGAUUCGCUGUCUGGUUGAUGUUCCUGGUCAAAAGGUCCCUGCUAUAUCAAGUGGUGAAAUGGCCAAAUAUUUGAAGACCACAGUUGCGCCCCAAGUCCCUUCUGAACUGCUCGAUGCAUUUAUUUCUGCUAUUGAGAGAGGAAAUAUUAGGACAAUGCCCAACAGAAGCAUGCCUGCUGCUCCGCAUCCUACUCCUGGGGCUUUGCUUAUGGGGGAUGCAUUCAACAUGCGCCACCCAUUGACUGGCGGAGGAAUGACUGUUGCAUUGUCUGAUAUUGUUGUACUGCGCAAUCUUCUUAAGCCCCUGCAUGAUCUCAAUGAUGCACAUACUCUCUGCAAAUAUCUUGAAUCCUUUUACACCUUGCGGAAGCCCGUGGCAUCCACUAUCAACACAUUGGCAGGGGCACUGUACAAGGUCUUCAGUGCAUCACCUGAUCAAGCACGGAAUGAGAUGCGCCGGGCAUGCUUCGACUAUUUAAGCCUUGGAGGUGUUUUCUCAAACGGGCCAAUAUCAUUGCUUUCGGGGCUGAACCCACGGCCAUUGAGCUUGGUCUGUCAUUUCUUUGCAGUGGCAAUAUUUGGUGUUGGACGGUUGUUGCUGCCUUUUCCAUCUCCCAAACGCAUGUGGAUUGGGGCUAGAUUGAUUUCUAGUGCAUCAGAAAUAAUCUUCCCAAUUAUCAAAGCUGAAGGUGUGAGGCAGAUGUUCUUUCCAGCAACUGUUCCUGCAUAUUACAGAGCUCCUCCUGCCGAGUGAGAAUUUUGAAGGCCAAAGUAGAGAUCACUGAGGCCAUAUUUGGUAGUGAAGUGAAAUGGAUAGCUUUGGAUCUCGACAAUAUUAUGAAAGAAAAACAAGUUAAAAUCAUGUCAUUUGUAUUAUCCAAUCUUGUCCAAUCCUAUGUCCGUGUAUGAAACAUUAAGUCAAUGCUUAAAGUUCUGAGGAUAAUAGUUGGCAUUUUCAAGCAUCGAUGUCAAUUUCGUCUCAUAUUUGUACUCAGGUUCCUUUGUUUUCUCUUUGUCAUUGUAUUGAUUACCUAUAUUGAAUUCGAAAAUAAUUUACAACUUAAAA